GCUGAAAACGAAGCUGCGUUUGUGCGGAGGGGAGGACAUUUCUAAUCGUUUUCUUCCAGCGGAGUCCGGCGCUAUGAGCCAGUUCAGCUUCGGCAGCUCCGUCCCAUCCGGCGGCGGUUUCAGCUUCGGGACGCCGAAGACGGUGGCCGCCACCGCGCCGUCCGGUUUCUCCUUCGCCCCCUCUGCCUCUUCGUCGGCCAACGCUGGGGGCGGCUUCAGCUUCGGGACGGCGGCCACGGCUCCAGCCAGCACUCAGCCGCCGGCCCUCUUCUCUUUCGCCACGCCGGCCACCACGGCGCAGAGCUCUGGUUUCAGCUUCGGGGCGGCCACUCCCGCCACACCAGCGACUGGCAGCGUCUUCACGCUCGGAGGAAACGCGCCCAAGCUGAACCUGGGCAGCACUGGAACAACGCAACCUACUGGUAUUACUGGAGGCUUUACACUCGGCAAUAGCAGCGGACUGGGUGGUUCUGUAACAAGUAGUGUACCAGCUAGCCAGGCAGCAGCUCCUUCAGGCUUUAUGUUUGGCUCCACCACUGCUACUGCACAGCCUGGUACAACUGGAGGUUUCAGCUUUGGCAGUGGAGGAACAACCCAGUCCGGGACCCCCAACUUCAGCCUUGGUUCAGUUGGGAACACAACACAGCCAGCAGCAUCCACAGGGUUGACCUUUGGAGUUGCCCCAGUCCCAGCCCCAGCCCCAGCCCCAGCCCCAGCCAGCACUGCUACGACCACAGCAGCUGCAUCACAACCUGCUACAGCUUUUAGCCUUGGAACACAGUCUGCAGGCUUUGGAUUACUUGCUGGUGCAGUAGCACCAGCCACCUCUACCUCCACAGGAACACUGAGCCAGGGUCCUACCUUAUCAUUUGGAGCCAAACUUGGAGGUGCAGCUACAACCUCAACGGCAUCUUCCACCACAACAGUGCCUUCUCUCCUUGGGCUGUGUGGACCAACACUCUUUGCCUCCAUAGCAAAUUCUUCAGCCUCAGCUCCUUCUACUCUUCCCAACCUUUCACUUGGUGCUUCUUCAGUUGGGACAGCCACUGCAGGGACUUUGGGAUUUGGUACUAAAGUCUCUGGGACGACAACAACAGCAGCAGUAGCAGCCACCACAGCAGCCAGUACAUCUGCUCCCAGUACUGGAUUCACAUUGAAUCUGAAGCCACCAGCCACAACUACACCUGUGGCCUCUACAGCCACUAUUGCCACCACAACAGUCACAGCUCCUCCAGUGAUGACAUAUGCUCAGCUGGAGAGCUUGAUUAACAAGUGGAGCCUGGAACUGGAGGACCAGGAAAAACAUUUCCUUCAGCAGGCCACUCAAGUCAAUGCCUGGGACAGGACCCUGAUUGAGAAUGGAGAAAAGAUCACAUCUUUGCAUAGAGAAGUGGAGAAAGUGAAGCUGGAUCAGAAGAGGUUGGACCAAGAACUAGACUUUAUUUUGUCCCAGCAAAAAGAGCUGGAAGAUCUGUUAAUCCCCCUUGAAGAAUCUGUGAAGGAACAGAGUGGGACAAUCUACUUGCAGCAUGCAGAUGAGGAGCGGGAAAAGACUUAUAAGCUGGCUGAAAAUAUUGAUGCCCAGCUGAAGCGCAUGGCACAAGAUCUGAAGGAUAUUAUUGAGCACUUGAAUACAUCUGGGGGCCCUGCUGACACCAGUGACCCACUUCAGCAGAUCUGUAAAAUCCUCAAUGCACACAUGGACUCUCUCCAGUGGAUUGAUCAGAAUUCAGCCCUGCUGCAGAGGAAGGUUGAAGAAGUUACCAAGGUUUGCGAGAGUCGCCGCAAAGAACAGGAACGCAGUUUUCGGAUUACGUUUGACUAAAUCUGACUGCAUUGCAUUCCCACGCGCCUUCUCAGUACUUAUAUCAGAUAGCAAUGUUGAGCAAUGUGUGCUUGAAUUGUGAUGCCUCCUUUUGUAAGGUAUAAUAAAGGUCUUUUUUCCCGGAA